AUAAGCAGUGAAUAGUCAAACUUGCGUUGCUUUUGGGCGCACACAGACAGAGAGCUGCUGCCAGCCUUCAAAGCAAAGGCAUGGCGUCGUCCAGUCUAGCGCGCGCGUGGGCGCCCUGGCUCUUCCUCGCUGUGCUAACGAUAGCGUUAGACGUUGCAGCUGCAGUCGAUGACUCCCCGCUCCUAAACAGCGGACGGACAUUGGCCCAGGCGGUCAGCUCGCAGAGCAAGUGCACUUGGAUUCAAGGCUCCUGCUACGUAAAUGACAAUUUUGCACUGUCUCUCAGUGGCAAUCCCACGACGGACACAAGCAAACUCCUCGCCAACACGGCCGCGCGGAACUACGCUUGCGACUCCCUGUCGAUUGAGUCUGCGUGCAAGGCCUCGGCCUCGUGCGUGUGGCUCAGCAGCAGCAGCAAAUGCUUGCUGGCCUACGCGGCCACCACAACGAACGCCCGCGGCAAGCUGUACUGCAGCGGCAGCUUGAUCGACACUGCCGUCACCUGCGCCACGCUGCCCGCAACCUCGUGCGCGGGCGACUGCAUUGCCGGUGACUCGGGCAGUGUGGGCGGCUUCCUCACGGCGUCCAGCCUCGAUGACCAAGCUCUGGAGGAGUCGGCCACGCACCUGGCGCUGGCAUUGGGCGCGACUUACACGGGCGAGGCGGGUACGGACAGCUGCAAGGCCAAGUGGCUGACCAACACGACGCUGGUCAAGAGCCUGUCCACCGCCAACGCCAUCAGCUCCACCACCACGGACGGAGGCCUUAUGCGGCUGUUGGCGCCCCUGUUUGUGCCCGACCUCAUCGGCAGCUGCAGCCCCGCAACCAAGGUGGCCGCCGCCGCCAAGGCCUGCGCCGCCGCCACAACCCGCACCGCCUGCGCCGCCGCCACCACCUGCUACUGGGCUGCCGACCCGGCGUCCAACAACACCGAGACCGCCGGCAAGUGUGACCUGUCUGUGCACGCCUACAUCACGAUGGGGACCAUUGACACGACGAACGACCCCUGGGGCGCUGCCUACGCCUCGGCCUACACCUCCUGCGCCGCCAUAACAUCUGAGACUGCCUGCACUAACUCCUCCACCGUGCAGCUCAACACAACCCUGGCAACCAGCUGGCUGACGCUCACGCCUUCCGACACCAUUGUUCCGUCUCCCGUCCAAUCACCCGGCGGAGGCAGCGCCGCUGCCGCUGCCAUGUCACUCCGGGUGCUGCUUCUGUCGGUGCUCGUGUCGCUCUUGGCACUUCGGUUUUAGGCACGGGGCACACCCGUGUGCUACGUGCUGUGGCAAAAUGUGGACUUAGUGUGUGUGUGUUUGUUGUGGUAAAUGCAUGAGUGUGUGGAGAUUGCUGAAAAUGUAUUAUUGAUGUCGCGGUCGUGGGCAUGCCGGGAGCAGCCGUGGGGAAGUUAUAUAUGCAGACUUGGCUUCCAUUGUGUUCGUGCGCGUGCAGUAAAUCAAGGUGGGUACCACGAGGGCAAUGCCGAGGCCUACCUGUUGGAGCGACUUUGGUUGGCACGGCAAAGGCACGUGGCUCACGAUGGAGUGAUGCGCAGGAGUGCGGGCGGGUGGAACAGGAUGGUGCGGGCGUGGGGAUAGACAUCACCACAUCAUGUGACGCUCUCACGCACCCUUACUCUCACGCUGUGUCAGCACCUCCGCGGGCC